AUGCUCGUUGAACUGACAAGUGCCUCCCUGUCCUGUUUGAAGGUGACGGAGUUGGUGCUCGAUAACUGCCGAUCCAGCAACGGUGAAAUCGAAGGUCUGAAUGACUCAUUUAAAGAACUCGAGUUUCUUAGCAUGGCCAAUGUAGAGCUGACAUCGCUGGCCAAACUUCCCACGUUGAGUAAGCUCCGAAAGCUGGAGUUGAGCGACAACAUCAUUUCAGGAGGCCUGGAGGUCCUCGCAGAAAGAUGUCCAAAUCUCACAUAUCUAAAUCUAAGUGGCAACAAAAUCAAAGAUCUUGGCACUGUGGAAGCUCUUCAAAAUCUCAAAAACUUGAAGAGCCUUGACCUGUUCAACUGUGAGAUCACAAACCUCGAGGAUUACAGAGACAGCAUUUUUGAGCUGCUUCAUCAAAUCACAUACCUGGAUGGAUUUGAUCAGGAAGAUAAUGAGGCGCCGGACUCAGAAGAUGAUGAUGAUGAGGAGGGAGAUGAAGAUGAGGAUGAUGAAGAUGAGGAUGAAGCUGGUCCUCCAGGAGAGUACGAAGAGGAAGAUGAUGAAGAUGAUGGUGGUUCAGAUUUGGGGGAAGGUGAAGAGGAGGAGGAAGUUGGUCUUUCCUACCUGAUGAAAGAAGAGAUUCAGGAUGAAGAUGAUGAUGAUGACUAUGUUGAAGAAGGAGGCGAGGAGGAGGAGGAAGCAGAGGGCAUUCGAGGGGAGAAGAGGAAACGAGACCCCGAAGAUGAAGGCGAGGAAGAGGAUGAUUAA